CAUCAAUUGACAUCGAAUUCAAAUUCGAUUCAGUGGGAAUUGUAUUGAAAUUCGAUCAAUUUUAUAUUAGUGGAUUUACAUGAAUUAUUUCCGUGAUACGUUAGAUAUUUUUCAGUCGACAGCUUUUGUCAAUAAACUCCUAUAUCCAUUUUGGGAAUGUAUUUCAAUCAAUUUUUUAAUCAAUAGAUACAAAAAAAAUCAGAAUGGAUGUUUUAGUUACACUUUUCUACGUUCUAUUCUCUAUAUGCGUUGUUUAUCCGCCUACCGAGUUCGUGUCUGCAGGAUUCACAAUUGCUCAGCUAUUUGAUAACUACUUGGGCUCUGAAAAUACCAACUUUAUUGGUUAUCACAUGAAGAGAAUAACCAUAACUGCGUUUAUACAUUCCGCUCUACCUCUUGGGUACGUUUGCACACUAUGGUGUUGCGGGGAACGUAGUCAAUGGAUGCUUGCAAGUUUUGCUGCAACGGCCUUCGUACCGCUGUUAAUGUGCUACAAAUUGCUGUGCUGGUGGGAGUAUGAGAAGCUGGGCCAUCCGAUCGUAAAGGCACUCCUGCCGUACGUGUCGACGGGAAGUGACUGGCGGGUCACUGCGGCUUAUCUCAAUUCAGAAUUUAGAGGUGUUGAUAAAGUCUCAAUACAGCUGACGGCUACAAGCAAGUUUGUGGCUACGGAGACUUGGCUCAUCAAGGUGUCACAGUAUUCCGUUAACAUAGUGAAACAGGAAGAUUGCUCUCUUGUUGCCACUGCUAGUGACAGCCACAAUUUGUCACCAUCGGGUGAAGACGAAAUCCAAUAUCUGAACAUAGAGGUGAUACCCAACCGAGAUGAGAUCCAGCGAUUUACAUUUCGCAUCACAACAGUAAUGUUGCGUGACUUGCAGCCGAGGCUAUUGAAUGCAGUGAGGGUUCCUGAACACAUUUCAUUGAUGCCAACUUUAGUGGAACGUUUCGUGAAUGUCUUCAAACAGUAUGUUGAUCAGAACCCUGUUUAUAUUAUUGAUGAGGAGCCAGAGAUGUGCAUUGGGUGCAUGCAAGCCCCGGCUGAUGUUAAGAUAAAUCGACGUUGCUUGCCGCCUCCACCACAUCUCGAGGGAGGACCACAGCAGUGCCAGCAGUGUCACUGCAGGGUGCUGUGGUGCGCGUCGUGCAUGGGGCGGUGGUGGGCGACGCGCGCGGGCGGGCCGGCGUCGGGCUGGCUGGCGGGGCGCUGCACGUGCCCCGUGUGCCGCGCCGUCUUCUGUCUGCUGGACGUCAGCCCCGCGCGCCUCGCCGUCUCCUGAGCACCCAUCGCUGUAAACACAUCGAUCUUUUAGUGAAACUAACUUGUACAGAUUCAACGGAAUUUUUUGAAUCAUGAUUGUUUACUGUUAAGGUAGCAGCGGUGCCAGUAGAUGGCCAUUUAAUGCAGUAGUUUUUGUUUUUAAACACUGUCUGUGUUGUUAAUCGGUCUAUGCACUCGGUGAAGGCGUUUUGCGAUAACUUAAACUCGAAUUUAUUAAGAUCAAUCAACAGAUUACUCCAGUUUAAAAAAUUCAAGAAGAAAAAAAAAUUAAAAAGAAAUAAAUACAAAUACUAGUACAU